AAAGGUGGAACAGGGCUGUGUCGUGCGGUGCAUUGUGGUCUGGCACCUCUUGUGUCGUUGCCUGUUUGGCUCACACACCGCAAAAUGGCGACGUCCCUAGGAUCCAACACAUACAACAGACAAAACUGGGAAGACGCAGAUUUUCCGAUUCUCUGUCAGACAUGUUUAGGAGAAAAUCCUUACAUCCGUAUGACCAAGGAAAAAUAUGGGAAAGAAUGCAAGAUUUGCGCUCGGCCCUUUACUGUGUUCCGAUGGUGUCCAGGGACACUGAUGCGAUUCAAGAAGACGGAAGUCUGUCAGACCUGCAGUAAAAUGAAGAAUGUUUGUCAGACAUGUCUGCUGGACCUGGAGUAUGGUUUGCCUAUCCAGGUCCGAGACACUGGGCUUGCUAUUAAAGAUGAGGUUCCAAGGUCAGAUGUGAACAAAGAGUACUACACACAGAACAUGGAGAGAGAGAUAGCCAAUUCUGAGGGCACACGGCCAGUGGGCCAGCUAGGGAAGGCCACCAGCUCUAGUGAUAUGUUGCUGAAACUGGCCCGGACCACACCUUACUACAAGAGGAACCGGCCACACAUCUGCUCCUUCUGGGUGAAAGGAGAGUGUAAGAGAGGGGAGGAGUGUCCUUACAGGCAUGAGAAGCCCACAGAUCCUGACGACCCUCUAGCUGACCAGAACAUCAAGGACCGUUACUACGGCAUUAAUGACCCAGUAGCUGACAAGCUGCUGAAGCGGGCCUCAACUAUGCCCCGGCUGGACCCACCAGAGGACAAGUCCAUCACCACUCUCUACAUAGGGGGCCUGGGAGAUACUGUCACAGAUGGGGAUCUUAAGAGUCACUUUUACCAGUUUGGUGAGAUUCGCACCAUUACCAUAGUCCAGAGGCAGCAGUGUGCCUUCAUCCAGUUUGCCACACGUCAGGCAGCUGAAAUGGCUGCUGAGAAGUCCUUCAACAAACUUAUCAUUAAUGGAAGGAGACUCACAGUCAAGUGGGGAAGGUCUCAAGCAGCAAGAGGGAAGGAGGGUAUCAAAGAUGGUGUCAGUGAGAUGGGUACUAGACUUGAUCCUGUACCUGGACUGCCUGGAGCACUUCCUCCACCACCAGCUUUAGACGAGGAAGCUCCUGCAAACUACUUCAACCUGGACCCUAGCACUUCUCCUGCUGUCAUGAACAUUACUCUUCCCCCACCUCCAGGCAUCAACCCUCCUCCUCCAGGUUUCGGCCCCCCAAUGUUUCAUCCCAUGGGUCCCAUGGCACCACCUAUGCCCCCUCCAAUGAGCAUGAGACCCCCUGGUCAAAUCCACUACCCUUCCCAGGAUCCUCAGCGUAUGGGUGCCCAUGCUGCACAUGGCUCGCGCCAUGGUGAUUAAGAGUGAAAUCAUACCGUGAUUAGGAGUCAUACUUUUCCCUAUGUCAGACUCGGUCAGGGUGUUUUCACUGGGCCGAAGCCUGCAGGCUACUUCUAGGAGGAAUAAACUAUGUAGGAAAGGACUGGUUAUGUCUUACAGAAUAACAUCUGAUUUAUUAUGCCACCUGCAGUGCAGUGAAAUGAACAAGCACACUCGUUUGUCUAGAGAAACAACAACCAAGAUCUUUGUCACUGCUCACAGUUAAAAAGUACCAGAACAGCAGUUAAACAGGGGAACUUAACACAAUGAAAUACUUCAGACAUCAGAGUAUUGACCAGUGUGCUCACAGCCAUAUAUAUUUUUACAGGCUCCUCUGGUUGGAGCCAUUGUAUAUACAAAAAAAGUAGGUUACACCUGUAUUUGUCACAUGGAGUUGAAUUUUGAGGAGCUUUUUUUUAAACCUGUCCAUGUUCAAUUAUAUUCCCUUUUUUAUUUGACAAAAUCUUAAAAUUCCACAGGA